AUGGCCUCUUUUGACCUCACAUCGUACAAAGCCCUUUCAUUCGACAUAUAUGCAACUCUAAUUGACUGGGAAUCUGGAAUCUUUACGCAGUUUCUCCCAUUGCUGGGGAAACUCCCCAAGCAUCAUCCACUAUGGAACAAAAGCAUGGUUGAUCUCCGAGCCCAUCUGCUCACGCAAUAUUCGAUUCAUGAGCAUAAGCUAGAAGUUCAGUAUCCAGACGAAAAAUAUUCAGCCUUGCUGAGCAAGGUUUAUGAAAAUGUCGCUGCAGAGAUUGGAGUAUCUGUUACCCGCGAUGAAGCGGAAGCAUUUGGUGGAGCCAUCGGGCAAUGGCCAGCUUUCGCAGACACCGUGGCAGCCAUGCAGAAGCUGGGCAAAUAUUACAAAUUAAUUGCUCUAAGCAAUGUUGAUAAAGUGUCAUUUGGAAACACUUUGAAGAAUGGCUUGAAUGGGGUCCAGUUUGAUGCCAUCUAUGUCGCUGAGGAUAUUGGUACCUAUAAGCCAAACCCAAACAACUUCAAUUAUCUCGUCGAACAUGCGCGCCAAGAUUUCGGCAUUGAGAAAAGCGACAUCUGCCAUACGGCCCAGAGCCUCACAUUUGAUCACAUCCCAGUCGCAUCUAUGGGCUUUCGCCCCGCGGUUUGGAUCUCACGUGGAGGUGGUAGCAUGGGCAUGGGGGACCUGGAAGCCGUAAAGGACAAAGUUAACAUUGGGGCAACGUAUGAAACCUUGGGCGAUAUGGCAGAAGCUGUAGAGGCAGCUUUUAGUAAAAUAAAGAAUUAA